AUGAGCAAAAUUUACACUCCUGUAAAAAAUUUGAACUCUUAAGGAGACUUCUCAAGUUUUUCUUCAGUCUGCUUUGAAAGUCAGUCAAAUUUUUAACAAAAAUAAAAUAUUUUCGAAUUUAUAAAUGAUAAUUCAUGUGUGAUAAAUUCACUAAAUAGUUAAGAAACUUAACUUUAUUGUGAAUCUAUAAAUUCGAUUGAUAAACCCUUAGAAAAAAAUGUUAAAUAGAUCUUAUCUGAUAUUGAAUAUGAUGUUAAUAAAUGUCCUCAUUUACACAAAAAACAAUAAACUAAUUAAACCAGGAAGAGUAAUUUUACCUAAAACUGUAUUUUUGCACCAAAUGAUGAGUUUUAUAACAUUUUUGAGAGCCAAAGCGCUGAUCAAACCUAUGAAUAUAGACUAGAAGAUGUUUAAUUAUACAAAGAAAAUGCAACUUAAAUAAUAACAAUUUUAGAUUUAAAGGAAAGACCUAAUAAUAUACCUAUUGAUUAAGAUAGUUUAGAUUUAAAAUUUGAAACUUCUUAGGGAAUUUCAUAAGAAAUGUUUGCUCUAAUCAAGGCACACACUCCAGAAUAUGUUUACUCAAAUAUUUUUUAGCUAAAUAAGCGCAAAACUCUUUUAGGUUUUAAAAAAAGCUUUAAAGAUAUAAUGACUUUUUAAGAUUCCUCAAUAUCAACAACUAGCUUAAUUGAUUUAAACAACGAAUAAGAAAGCAAGUAGGCAGUCCGUCAUUUUUCUGUUUUGUUUCAUCAGAUGUGCUUAAAAAAAGAUGUUGAUUGUUAUGCUUAUGAUAAAUAUUAAGAGAACGAUCAAAAAUAUAAAGAGAAAAUUGAAAAAGAAAAAAACAUGAAAAAAAUAGUUAUCUAAUAUCUUCUUUAACUAGGAGAGAACAAAAAAGAGAGCUUUAUUAAUGAAAUGUACACAUAAGUGAUAAAGUAGAUGAGAAACAAUUUACAGUAAGUACAAUUAUUUGAUCUUCUCAAUUAUCUCAAAUGUCUUCUCUUUUGCUACUCUCCAAAUGAUAAAAUCCUAUUAUGCUUAUUAAAUGUGCUUCUAAUUGAAUUUCCGAAAUAGAAAACCUGGUAAGACAUUACCCCGGUUUUGAAGUAAAUAAAUACAGUAAUUCCCGCGGUAUUGAGAAGAUUCUAGGAUGAUAAAUACAAAUGUAAAAAAACAGUCUCAAUAAGUACAUUAUCUAAACCUUACCUAGAUUUGAUAAUUAACAACAAAUAACUCAUGUUUCCAAUCUUCUUUUCAACUGGAAGCAUUGUUUUAGUUCACAUCGAAUAAUAUGAAACCAUCUUUGAUCUAAAAACUAAAAUUUUGUAAUAACUAAAAAUAAAUUCAACAAGAUUUAAUGAAGACUAAUUUAUAAUAUAUGAUGUUGAAAAAUUUGAAAAUAACCUAACAAGGAAAAUAGCUCUAGACUAUGAGUAUGUUUGGGACAUUAUGUUAGAGUGGGAACACAUCAGAAACAAGAAAAAAAUGUAAGGGAAUGAUGAUUACUUUUAAUUUUUAAUGAUUAAAUCUAUUGUUCCAUUUUAGAUGACUGAAAAUGAUUAAAUAUCAAUAAAGCUUAACUUUAGCUAAAUUUUUUACGAUAUUUACACUAUAUACCCUCAAUACUUUUCAGAUAUUGAGAAAUUAGCUAGAGCUUAUGCUUUUCUUUAAAAUGUUCUAAGAUCUUCAAAUAUUGAUUAAGAACUUCCUAUUUUUUUCUCAGAGCAUCAAAAAGAUUAAAUAAUACCAAUGAUUAAAAAUAUUUAUGAACUGAUAAAUAAAAAUUACAACUAGCUCUAAUCAAAAUAUAAUUUUACCAAUAUUGGCAAAACUUCUAUUUACUAUGAUGCAACUGAAAUUACUGCAGAAUAUUGCUUUAACUCAGCUAAACAACAUUAUUAAUAAAGUAGUCUUAUAUUUAAACCUACUUCAUUUAUUAUAUUAAAUUCAGAUUAAUAGACUUACAUAUAAUACUAUUACAAAGACAUUAAGCAAAUUUCUCAUAAAGAUGAAAUAAAUACAAUAAUAACUAUGAAAGAUGAAACUGUUCACUAAAUCAAAUCAGAAAAGUCAUUUUAAAUUGAAUAUAUAAUAAUGAAAUACUAAUAACUCUUCUAAAAAGAUCAACUGAUUCCUAUAAACUUAAAUUCAGACAAUAUCUAAAAAUUAUUAUCAAUCUGA